AUGAAGUCUUUUAUCGAAGUUUCAUCCGAUUCUCAUUUUCCGAUUCAAAAUUUGCCAUUUGGAAUUUUUUCUCAUGAUGGCAAUUUAUCCUCUCGCGUUGGCGUUGCUAUUGGUGACCAAAUUUUAGAUCUAAUGGUCAUAUCUACCUUAUUAGAGAAACAUGUUCCAGAAUUAGGUAAUCCAAAAUUGGUCUUUUCUCAGCCAUCAUUAAAUAUGUUCAUGUCAUUGGGAAGACCAAUAUGGCAAGCUACACGAAAAUUCCUACAAUCUAUCUUAUCAGAAGAUAAUCCAGAAUUACGUGAUGAUAGAGAACUUAGAAAACAAUCAUUUAUUCCUCAAAAACUUGCAAAAAUGCAUUUACCAGUUAAUAUUGGUCAUUAUACGGAUUUUUAUGCCUCAAAGGAACAUGCAACUAAUUGUGGUAUUAUGUUUAGAGGGAAAGAUAAUGCAUUGAUGCCAAAUUGGAUUCAUUUACCAGUUGGAUAUCAUGGGAGGGCUUCCUCUAUUGUUGUUUCUGGGACAGAUAUUGCGCGCCCGAGUGGUCAAAAAUCACCAGGAAAAGGCAAACCUCCGAUUUUUGGUCCAUCUGAAAGAUUAGAUAUUGAAUUGGAAAUGGCAUUUUUCGUUGGUGCCGGUAACAAUCUCGGCGAACCAAUUCCGCUUCAAGAAGCAAAAGAUCAUAUUUUUGGCAUGGUUUUGAUGAAUGAUUGGAGUGCCAGAGAUAUUCAAGGUAGUUAUCAAUAUAAUACUACGGCAUGGGAAUAUGUUCCGUUAGGCCCUUUCCUUGGUAAAAGUUUUGGUACCACGAUUUCACCAUGGAUUGUCACACUUGAUGCCUUGGAACCUUUCUUGGUAGAUGGUCCUUGUCAGGAUCCUACUCCACUUCCAUAUCUUCAAGAAAAAGGAAAAAAAUCGGCGUAUGAUAUUCACCUUGAAGUUAAAAUGAAACCAAAAGAGUGUGAUAAUUAUAAGACCUUAACUCGUUCAAAUCUUAAAUAUAUGUAUUGGUCUAUUAAUCAGCAGCUUGCUCAUCAUACAGUCAAUGGUUGCAACAUGCGUCCAGGUGAUUUAUGUGGUACUGGUACAAUCAGUGGCCCUACCGAAGAUGCAAGAGGUUCAUUGUUAGAAAUUACGUGGAAUGGACAAAAUGUAAUUAAUUUUGAUAAUGGUGUUAAACGAAUGUUUGUAGAAGAUGGUGAUGAAGUUGUGUUAACCGGUUUUUGUCAAGGAGAAGGAUAUAAAGUGGGGUUUGGUGAAUGUAGUGGUAAAAUCAUGCCUACUAA